AGGGAGCCUUGAGAUAGCUGCAUGCAUGCACGAACUUUUUGGAAGAAAUGGUGGGCUGGGGGCAGGCUGCUCCUGCCCUGAGAUGGUGCAUUAGGGGUGCAGGCUUGGAUUGCAAUGGCUGAGUGCGCGGGGGAGAUAGUGUAUCAGAAGGAGGGGCAGCAGAUUGCAGACUGUGCCGCGUCCGACGACCACGCUCUGAUCCUCUCCUACGACCGAGCUGUCCGCUCCUAUAAGGACACUCUGGGAGCUGGUGACAAGGACCAGGCAUCCAAGAGCUCUGAGUCCUCAGCCUCCAGCGAGGCCGAGAGCGAGGGAGAUGAGGAGGAGGAGAAGAAAGAGGAGGAAGGCUCCCAGUGGAAGGUGGGUGACGCCUGCUGCGCUGUCUGGUCCGGAGACGGGCUGCUCUACCCGGCUCGCGUCGUCUCCCUGAGCGAGGAGUGGGAUGCCUGUGAGGUGGAGUAUGAGCGCUACGGCAAUCGGGAGGAACAGAGGCUGCGGGACCUGUUGCCCCCCGACAGGAGCCCAGACGACUUGCUGGAGCCCCGGAGAACGUGGAAGGCGGGUGACGCCUGCAGCGCCAUCUGGUCGGAGGACGGGCUGCUCUACCCAGCCAUGGUGCGAUCGGUGGACGCCGCGGCGGGGAUGUGCCUGGUGGAGUUUGUCGGCUACGGUAACAAGGAACAGCAGGCGCUGGAGGAGCUGCUGCCCCCGUGCGGGGCCGUGGAUGGGGACCUGGACAGCUGGAGGGCUGAAGUGGUCCCCCCCCGAGUGCCCAGGGGACGCAGCCCCAGCUUCCCCCACGAGCCGCCCCACAGCUGGAAGAGGCAGAACAGGAAAGGGGAGUGGGCACAUUACUUCCCCCCGCCGCCCAAGAGCAGCUCCUGGUGGCCUGGUCCCUUGCUGUCCUUCGGCCCCCCGCCCCGCAGAUCUGCCUGCCCCCCGGUCGUCCCUCCCCCCCCGCCACUGCUGCUGGACUCACUGUGCGCAGAAGAUGAUGAGGGGGGGCCCCUGGCCUGCAUGCUCCUGGCCUGGUACAUGAGCGGGUACCACACUGGCUUCUACAUGGGACUCAGACAAGGCCGGGCGGAGGCGGCGACCCCCCGUCCAAAGCAGGGACCACGGUGGAAGAAGUCGUCCCCGCGCUGUUAGGGGCAGCUGGGUCUGGCUCCUUGCUCCCCCCCGCGGCAGGCUUGAGGCAGUGGCCCCGUCGGCCAGAGGUCUCCGCGCUGGCACCGGCGCUCGUGCUUCGAGGACUGGGACUCUGCAGUGCUGGAUACCAGCUGGCCGUGCACCCCGGGGAGGGAGAGGACGGAAGCAGCCUUCGUCCCGUGCUGGCUCCGAGCCCGGCUGGAGUCCAGGGGGUGGAGGCAUCGCUCCCCAGCGGCAGGCGUGCGCAGGCGGGAUGGCUGCGGCCCGUCAGCAGUUUCCAAUAAAAGGUGUUUGUCAGA